AAAUUUUAUAUACUUCAAACAUUUUUUUGCAUUUUAUUUUGUAAAAAAAUUUGUUUAUUCGUUCGUGAUUUGAUGUGACCACAUUUUAUGUUUUACAAGUUCUUUUCUGUUAUGCUAAUUAUCAGUUUAUAAGUACAAAAGAUGCCUGGAAAACGUAAAAGUGAUACUGCACAGUUAAGUGCAAGCAGUGAUGAUUCCGACGGAGAACCAGAACGUAUUGUUGAAGAAGGUGGAAUUAAAAUUGGUGAUAUUUACAUACCGCCACCUCCACCACCAGUUUGUAGUUUGGAUACAGGUGCACCUCGAUUAAUUAUAACGCGAAUUGUAAAUAAGAAUUUCAAAUCUUAUGCUGGAGUUCAAGAACUUGGACCUUUUCAUAAGUGUUUUACAUCGAUUAUCGGCCCAAAUGGAAGUGGAAAAAGUAAUGUAAUUGAUUCCAUGUUGUUUGUGUUUGGUUAUCGUGGAAGUAAAAUUCGUUCGAAGAAAAUAUCAUCUCUGAUACAUAGCUCAGAAAAUCACAAAACUAUUCAAUCGUGUAGUGUAUCCGUAUAUUUUAAACUAAUUAUUGAUAAGGACGAAGAUUACGAAGAAGUUCCAAACUCACAAUUUUAUGUAUCCCGUACCGGUUUCAAAGAUAAUUCUUCAACAUAUGAAAUUGAUGGACGUCGUGUUCCAUUUAAAGAAGUUUCUAUAAAAUUAAAGAAAUUUGGAAUUGAUUUAGAUCAUAAUCGAUUUUUAAUUUUACAAGGUGAAGUUGAACAAAUUGCAAUGAUGAAACCAAAAGGCUUAACUGAACAUGAUUCAGGAAUGCUAGAAUAUUUAGAAGAUAUUAUUGGCACGUCAAGAUUUAAGGAACCAAUUGAAAAACUAGGUGUAGUUGUAAGUGAAUUAAAUGAUGAUCGUGCGGCAAAAGUCCAUAAAGUAAACUUAGUUGGAACAGAAAGACAAAAUAUGCAGGGAGCGUAUGAAGAAGCAAUUGCCUUUUUGAAAACUGAAAAUUACAUCACUGAAUUACGAAAUACAGAAUAUCAGAAAUACAUUUACGAUACCGAAAUCAAUAAGAAACAAAAAGAAGAAAAGAAAAAUGAAAUUAAAACUGAAUUGGAAACAAUAGCAGAAAACAUCAAGGAAUUUAUUAAAAAACGAAAAAAGUUAGAGGACGAAUUAAGCUCAAAAUACGAAGAAAAAACAAAAUUAGAAGAAAAAUUACAAAAUUUAAGAGAUAUUUUUAAGCAAAUUGAUACAAAAGAUAACUCAGCACGAGCUGAUAUGGUACAAACAAACGAUCGACGUAAAAAAUCAAAAAAUAAAUUAGAAGAGGAGAAAAAGAAAUUACUUGAAUUAGAAAAAGUACCUGAAAAAAAUACAGCUGAUAUUAAGGAAAUUGAAAAAAAAUUACCAAAGUUAGCAGAGGAAAGAGAAAAAUUAGAAACGCAAAAACAACAGAUUAUAGCAGAGAUUGCAGAAUUGACGAGACCAUUACAAGAUGAACGUUAUAGGAAAGAAAGUGAAUUAAUUAAAUUAAGAGAAAAUGAGAAUAAAGCAAAAACAGAGUUAAAUCUAGCCGAGACACAACUUAAAGUAUUUGUGCAGAAUGAAAAAGACGCAACUCAAACCUUGGAAAAAAUUCGUACAACCUAUGAAAAUUCCAAGAAAAAAUUAGAAGAAAAACAAAAACUUGUUGAAGAGCAUAAUCGAAUAUUUCCAGCUAAAGAACAAGAGUUACAACAAUCCAACGUUGAAUUGUUAGAAUUACGAAAUGAAAGUAAACGUAUUCAAGAACAAGUAUACACAUUAACUGCAAAAAUUGAAGAAUCACGCUCAUCUAUGCAACGAGCACAAUUCCGCAAUCGUGUUCUUAACUUCUUAAUGAAACUUAAAGAGCAAGGUGUAUUACCCGGCAUCUUAGGACGUCUGGGUGAUCUUGGAGCUAUUGAUCCUAAAUAUGAUGUUGCGGUAUCCACAGCUUGUGGUCCAUUAGAUUAUAUUGUGGUAGAUACCGUUGACACAGCAAACAAAUGCGUGAAUGCGUUAAAACAACAAAAUAUUGGUCGUGGUAAUUUUAUGGCUUUAGAAAAAAUGGAAUAUUUACGAGAUUAUAUACAACAACGAGUUAAAACCCCAGAAAAUAUACCAAGACUUUAUGAUUUAAUUCAAUUUAAAGAUCAGCGUUUAAUGACUGCAUUUUAUUUUGGAGUUCGUGAGACCUUGGUUGCGAAUGAUUUAGAACAAGCAACUCGUAUAGCAUAUGGGAAACAACGAUAUCGUGUUGUUACAUUAAACGGUGAUAUGAUUGAGCUCGUUGGAACAAUGAGCGGUGGUGGUAGAACGAAAAUUAGUGGACGAAUGGGUUCAAAAAUAUUAGUAGAUACAACAGCAAAUACAACGGAGUCACCGGAAAGAAUUGAACGAUAUGAACAGAAUGUAAGAGAAUUAUCGGAAAGAUUACGAGAUAUGGAUAAUACUAAGUAUGAUUUAGAAAGAAAAGUCGAUCAACUUAGUAGAGAAGUUGAAAGAAUGAGAUCUGAUCUACGGAAAUAUGUAGCUGAAUGUGAAGCUGUUAAAAUAAAUUUGCCAAACUUAGAAAGACAAAUAAAACAACAAGAAAAAGUUGUUCAAACUACAGUUAGUGAUAAAAAUCGUGUAAAAGAGUUAGAAGCAACGAUCGAAGCAAAAAGAAAACAAUUUGAAAAAGAAAAUAAAAUUGCUGGAAAAUUACAAGAAGAAGUUGAUGCAUUAUCCGAAGAAAUUUCGCAACAAGAUGGUGGUAGAUUAAAAAGAGUACAAAAUAGAUUAAAAGAAAUUUCACAAAAUAUUGAUAAAUUAAAAUCAGAAUCGACACGAUUAACUGUUGGCAUUAAAAAUGCAGAAAGGAAUGCUGUAAAAUGUAAGAAUACGAUUGAAAGAAUUGAAGAAAGUAUUCAAAGUGAUAGUGAAAAAAUAUUACAAUUACAACAAGAAAGGGUUGAAAUUGAAGCUGAUGCAAGAAGUCUAAAUGAAAAAAUUCAAAAGAUGGAGGAAGAUUUAAAUGAAAUUAAAACGGACGAAUCAGAUACAGAAAUUAAAAAUGAAAUUAAUGAACUGACAAAGAACGAACAUAAAUGUAAAGAAGAUAAAAUUAAUUUAGAACAUGAAUUAAGUACUGUUGAGAAAACAAUCAAAGAGUUCAUCAAUAAUUUAUCACAUUGGCGAAAAGCAUUAUCGAAAUUAACGUUACAUACUAUACCAGAUAAUGAAGUAGAAAUUGAACGAUUGGAGCACAGUGUAAAUUCAUCAAAAGCAAAUACAACAGUCAAUAAUACUAAUACAAAUACAUCAAAAGUCAAUGUUACAGGUGCAUCGAUAAGGACAACAGAUUCAAUCGACAACACAUCAAGAACAACACAAAAGAAAGAAUUAAGAAAAUUAACGGAUGAAGAAUUGGAGAAUUGUAAUGUUGCUGACAUACAAUACACAAUUACAUUCCAACAAGAUAAAUUAUCAAAAAAACCAAAUCUAAAUAUAAUUGAAGAGUAUAAAAAAAUUCAACUUGAAUAUUGUAAACGUGUACGAGAAGUAGAAGAAGUAACAAAUCGUCGUAAAUUAUUUCGUGACGCGUUAGACAAAGCAAAGAAAACACGAGAAAAUGAAUUUUUAACUGGCUAUCAAAUAAUUAAUUUAAAAUUAAAAGAAAUGUAUCAAAUGAUUACGUUAGGUGGUGAUGCCGAAUUAGAAUUGGUUGAUUCAUUAGAUCCAUUUAACGAUGGUAUAUCAUUUAGUGUACGACCACCGAAGAAAAGUUGGAAAAAUAUCUGUAAUUUAUCGGGUGGUGAAAAAACAUUAAGUUCAUUGGCUUUAGUGUUUGCAUUACAUUAUUAUAAACCAUCACCGCUUUACGUUAUGGAUGAAAUUGAUGCUGCGUUGGAUUUUAAAAAUGUCUCAAUUGUUGGAAAUUAUAUAAAAGAUCGUACUAAAAAUGCACAGUUUAUAAUUAUCUCUUUACGUUCGAAUAUGUUCGAACUAGCUGAUCGUUUGGUUGGCAUCUACAAAACAUAUAAUUGUACUAAGUCUGUUUCAGUGAAUCCAGCUGGACUACAUGAAAUACUUCUAAAUUCUUUGAAUCAAUUACAAAUUACAAUACCCACCAAUCAACAAUUAUCACAAGCUAUUGUACAAUCGCAACAAAGCCAACCACAACCACUGACCCAAACACAGCAGGAACAAGUAGAAAAUGAACCAUCUCAAGUUAUACCAACGUUACAACAAAAUUCGGUAGAAAUUAAUCAAGAAAAUGUGCUGUCUAAUGGAAUUAACUGAAAUAACAGGAUUACAAAUUUUUUAUAUCCAGAGUGGGCCAUUUUAAUCUAUGCAUCUGAAUAUCUCUCCAGAGGCGACACCUAUUAAAGAAUAACCUCAACAAAAAUUGUGGAGUAAAAAUUUAUCAUUAUUGCAUUUAAGAUUUAGGAAAUUUUUUUAGAUGGAAGUUAUCAAGGACAACAAAGGUCAUUCGCCUGUGUUAAUAACUUUCAAGUCCAAGCAAAUUUUCAAGAUCAUGUGAAGAUCAAGGUAAAAUGACUUUGAAACUAGAAUUUCAGGUUAAAGUCAUAAAGCAUUUUUCUGUAACUAGCUUAGCUACAGAAAAAUGCUUUAGCUAGUAGACCAUAUAAGGUCUAAUUUUCGACCUUAUAUAAUAUUACUUAUUACUUCGAAAUAUUACUUCUUAUGAAGAGCUAAUUUUUACUUU